GGCUGUAGCUGUCAGCAGCUUUGGUCAGCCUCAUCAUGGUCGUCGUUUACGGUGUGGAGGAUAAGAAGACAAUUCCCAACUACAUGAAGUACGUCAUUGGCGGCACGGCCGGCAUGAUGGGCACUUGCAUUGUGCAGCCCCUGGAUCUGGUCAAGACACGCAUGCAAAUCUCCGGGGCGAGUGGUAAGCGCGAGUUCAAGAACUCCUUCGACUGCAUUGCCAAAGUGUUCAAGGCCGAGGGCAUCCUGGCCUUCUACAAUGGCCUGAGCGCGGGUCUGAUGCGGCAGGCCACCUAUACGACAGCGCGCAUGGGUUUCUAUCAGAUGGAGGUGGAGGCAUAUCGCAAUAAACUGGAUCAUGCGCCGCCCGUCUAUGCCAGCAUGGGCAUGGGCAUCCUGGCGGGCGCCUUUGGUGCCAUGUUCGGCAAUCCCGCCGAGGUCUCACUCAUCCGCAUGAUGGCGGAUAGGUCGGUGCCGGAGGCGCAGCGACGCAACUACAAGAACGUCAUCGAUGCCUUCAUCCGCAUCACCAAGGAGGAGGGAUUGUUUGCGCUGUGGCGCGGCUGCAUGCCCACCGUGGGACGUGCCAUGGUGGUCAACAUGGUCCAAUUGGCAUCGUAUUCGCAGCUCAAGGGCUACUUUCAUCAGUACAUCAACGAGGGCUUUCUGCUCCAUCUGGCUGCCAGCAUGAUGUCUGGCUUGCUGACGACCAUCGCCUCCAUGCCGCUGGACAUGGCCAAGACGCGCAUUCAGAACCAAAAGGUGAUCGACGGCAAGGGCGAAUAUCGCGGCACUCUCGAUGUUCUCUACAAGGUGACACGCAACGAGGGUUUCUUCUCCAUGUGGAAGGGCUUUACACCCUAUCUCUGCCGCCUUGGUCCGCACACGGUCUUUGCCUUUGUCUUUCUCGAGCAGCUGAACAAAGCGUACUACAAGUUUGUGCUCGGCCAGUCCAGCUAUGGGCCGGGCAUUUGAUUGGAUUGUUCAAUG